ACAUUGCGGUCCGACAGCCUCGACAGCUACUCCCCGCGUACUCCGCAUUUGACCUCGUCGUCAUCUGCGCCUCCGAGAGUCUUCGGCACUCUCUUCGUCAUCGGUCGGGCUCCUUACUGGCAU